GUCAUGCCCUUCACUCUGCAGAGUGUAGCAGAACUCCAUGAGAUUUCACACAAGGAUGGAGAGAAGAACUUUGGUGAACCCCAAAGUCAUGCUUCGAAUCCCUGUCAAGACUUUGUAGCUCGCUCACAGAGACUCAUCCUGACCCCCCUGUCAGCCUUGCUGUCCUUAUUCCCAGGGCCUCAGAAGCUCAUCCAAAAACGCUAUGACAAACUACUGGACUAUAACAGCUCCCUGCCUCGGUCAGCGGCCGAUGAAUCAGACUUGGCCAAAAAGGAAUAUGAGGCCCUCAAUGCCCAGCUUGUGGAAGAGCUCCAGGCAUUCAACCAGGCCGCCAGGAAGAUCCUGCUCAACUGCCUGUGUAGUUUCAUCACCCUCCUCCGGGACUUGAUGCUGAUGGCUCUAGAGGCUUAUUCCACAGUCAAGCUGGUUCCACUGCUGGUCUUGAGCAUCUCUGAGAUUCAAAAUCGAGUGCUGGAAGAGGUUCAGAACUUGAAUUUUGUAAAGGACAACAGCUCCACCUUUAUUGAGAGGAAACUUAGCUUUGAGAAGAAGAAGCCCGCCCAGAUUCUGCCAGAAGCGCCACAUCAAACUGACGAUCACCGCUCCAAACUGCUGUCCACAUACAGAGCAGAGGAAAUCUACCGAGCUAAGCGCAAGUGCAAUGCCACCCAAGAGCACGACAUCAAUCUUCUAGAAGGAGAGUUGGUGGCGGUCCUGGAACAGAAGGAUCCCCUGGGGAGUACAAGCAGGUGGUUUGUUGACACAGGAUUUGUAAAAGGCUACGUGUAUUCCUCCUUCCUAAAGCCCUACAACCCAGCGAAGGAGCAGACGGCGGAUGCUGAGAACACAUUCUGUGAUGACGAUUUUGAGAACCUCAGCCUCUUUGUGUCUUGCCGGCCAGCGGGCGACAGUGUCAGGGACACUCCUGAAGACAGCAUAAGCGACAGCAGCUCAUCUCUUAGUGGUACUGGUGGGAAGUUUGAGACAAACGGUGCUGAUGUUGAUAAUUUUCAAGAGGUAGAUGAACAGGUUUUCUAUGCAGUCCAUGCUUUCCAAGCACGGAGCGACCAUGAGCUCAGCCUUCAGGAGUACCAGAGAGUCCACAUACUUAGAUUCUGUGAUCUAAGUGGGAAUAAAGAGUGGUGGCUAGCUGAAGCACAAGGGCAGAAGGGGUAUGUGCCAGCUAACUACCUUGGGAAGAUGACAUACGCGUAA